AAGUCUGAAUUAGGUUUUUUUCCCGAUUUAGAGCCUUUAUGAAGAAGAUCGUUCGCGGUUGCUGUUGUACGUGUUGGAAGCGGUCGACCAGGUCUAAGGUGCGGUCGACCUAAUGUAGCAUUCGCCGUCAUCUUUUCUAAUGCGUGAUUUCCACCGGCUAAUUUGAUAUAUUGUUGGGUGCAGAAUUCCAUUCGGUCGACCGUGACGUCAACCAGGUCGACCUGACGAGACAAUUCUUCGUAUUUGAAUUUAGGCCACAACACUUGGACUUCUGUACUUGCAAGGUAACGAAGAUCAACCCAAUUGGUCGACCUAAUGUGUUUCAAGGUCGACCGUUUCUGUUUGUUUUGGUUAUUCAACCUGAAUGUCGACUUUGUCUUUGUUUGUAUGACUAUGUUGUGCUUGAAAAGGUCGACCGCGCCAGAUAUCUGGUCGACCUAUCCUUUUUUUGUUUUAAUUUUGAACUUACUUUUUGUUGUUAAUUGUUAUUUUUCCUGCUGGAUAGGUCGACCUAGGAAGAACAGAGGUCGACCUUAAUGGUUGUGGUAGUCACUAUUUGUCUUCCAGGUCGACCUAAUACUUUGUCUGGUCGACCACGUCUUUGUUUUUUGGUCAAUUGUAGAAAUUUUUACUUGAAUUAUGAUUUGAAUUUUUCUUUAAAUUGUUUAGACGAUGACGCAUGAUGAGAGACUGCAUCAAGAUUUGGGUGAAAUCAUGAAACUAUUGAAAGCCACACAAGAGAAGCUGGUGGUGUGUCAAACACAAGUCAAUGACUUUCAGAAGUCCAUGCGUGAUAGAGUGAAGCAAUUGUCAGUUCGACUGACAAAUAUGACUGGGAUGAUGCAUGACGGGUUUGAGAGGCUAGAAGGUGCUAUCAAAGAUAUAAGUGCAGAACGAAUGGAGAAUGGCGGAAGAGAUGGUAAAGGAAAGAAAUUUGACUUUGGUAAAGAGGAGGAAGACCAUGAUGACUCUGAAAAUUGCUACUAGAGCAUAGACGAUUUAUUGAAAGAGCACAUUUUAAAGGUAUCCAAGUAUAUUCAUAUGUGAUUGAAGAUAUUAGUAUUACUAUCAUUAGUGCUAAUUUGUUUUGUUUAUAUGUUUGACAGAGUGAAACAACGAAUGGCAGCAAGGGUUCCUCUCCUAAGUACAAGAGACCGCGAUAUGAAAGUGACUCUUGCACCACUCCACAGAAGGAUCAAUUUGUAAGAAAAGGAUUAUUUAGUGCUGAUAGCGAUGAAGAUGAAUCUAAGAGUCAUUUCGAAAAGCACGGGGUAAGUUUACAUUACAUAUUCAUCUAUAAUGUGUGUUUGUGUUCAUAUGUUACUUUAAUUUUAACUAUGAUUUGUAGGUCAUGAAAGUGGAGGGUCUAGAAGGAUUCACCAAAAAUCUUCAAAAUCCAGUUGAAGACUUGUAUUAUGUUGUUACUAAAGAGAAGGCUGAGGACACGAAUUGGGACAAGUAAGACGUUUUUUAGUACGUGUGGUCGACCGUUUAGGUCAUGAGGUCGACCGUUUGUCCAAUAAGGUCGACCGUGACUAUGAACAGGUCGACCUGUACGUUGCAAAUCACAAUUGACAUUUCUGUUAUUUUGAUUUUUGCAGUUUGACCGUUGUGGACUUUUUUUUCUGAAAACGUGCAACGACAUUAUUUGAGUUCGGUCAUUAGCGAGAAUAGCUGAGUUUGCUCAUCAGUAAGUACUAUACUACUACGACUUUCGUAUGAAUUGUGCACUAUUUAUGUUACGAUUUACGAUGAUUUUGUGUUUGAUUGUUGGAUGGUAGGUAGUGGAUUUGUGUGCAAGGGCACUAACAAUGUCUGAAAAACAUGAUGUGAAAGAGCCAAAUGUGUGGUAUUUGCCAAAUAUGUUUUCGGUAAGAGCCGUAAUGUCAAAUUAUUUGUCAUAACCUAGUUAUUUAUAUUGUACCAUGCCAAUUCAUCUCACUUAAAACAUGGUGCAGAAAAUGGUACGCGCUAACAUGAAGACCAGACAAAUUCGUAACAAGUUGAUGAAUGAUGGCGUGGUGUUUAUGCCGAAUGUUAGUGCAUGCCAGAAGGUUAGUCAAGUCAAUGUCCCUAUAUCAUUAAAUUUCAAAAGUGCAUUUGUUUGUAUUCGCUGUUUAUAACAUAUAGUGAGUGUUUCGUUGCUAGAUAUUUAUGCCAGUUCUUGACGAUGAAGCACAUCAUUGGUUUCUGUAUCUCGUCAAUGUCCAGCAAAAAACUGCAUUUUUGCUUGACAGUCUACCUUCAACUAGUGAGGCGAAUCGUAGGCGUAAAUCAGCACUAUGCAAGAAAUUGGUAAGUGUUUCCUAUAAUUUUCUGACUGUUAAGUGUCACGCAUUAAGCUAGAAGCUUAAAAUAUUCGUUAUUUGUGUGUAGUUGUCCAAUUUGGAUGAUAUUUUCAAACCGGAGCGCAUGAGCAAUGUAGGAGUACCAAAUUUUGGAGAUUUCAAUUUUGAUGAGCUAUGAGUUCAACGGCAAAGGAAUAGUACUGAGUGUGGUGUGCACGUCAUGCAGUGGAUGCGCUAUGGAUCCAAGGAUCUGGAUAGAGUGGUGAGUAUAUCGUCAAACAAAUAACUUGUUUAAUUUACACUUUUUUUAGUUGUAACGAAGUCUUACAUGGCAUAAUGCAUAUAGGAGAAGAACACAAAUUACCGGCUCGAAAGGAGAUUCUAUGGUAUCUGGCUACACAUUUUGAAAACCGUGCAUGAGAAAAUCUUUUCAAGCAUGUAGUAGAUGAAUGCAUGGAACGAGGCAAAGAGAGACAGAGUUCAAACAAAAAAGCAAAGAAAUGAAGUCGUUAAGUUACAAUGUUGCAUUAUUUAGACAAUACAUUGAAUUUGUAUUU